CGCGGUUUUUUCCUGCGGGGGGCUCCGAGACCUGGUCGCCGCGACAGACUCAGAGCAGGGAAAGUGGGGGUGCGACCCCAGGCUCGCACGGCCCCGCCCCCGCAGCCAGCCGGCCUGCCGCAGCCGGGGGCCCGAGCUCCGCCCUCCACCCGCCCGCCAGGCUGCCUCCUCCCUCCUCCUCGCUCGCUCCCUCCCCCGGGCGGGCUCGGCGCUGACUCCGCCGCACGCUGCAGCCGCGGCUGGAAGAUGGCGGGGAACGACUGCAGCGCGCUGCUGGAUGAAGAGCUCUCGUCCUUCUUCCUCAACUAUCUCUCUGACACGCAGGGUGGGGAAUCCGGGGAGGAACAGUUGUGUGCUGACUUGCCAGAGCUCGACCUCUCCCAGCUGGACACCAGUGACUUUGACUCAGCCGAGUACUUUGGGGAACUGCAGUGGUGCCCGGAGACCUCAGAGACAGAGUCCAGCCAGUACAGCCCUGAUGACUCCGAGCUCUUCCAGAUUGACAUUGAGAAUGAAGCUCUCUUGGCUGCACUCACCAAGACCCUGGAUGACAUCCCUGAAGAUGAUGUGGGGCUGGCUGCCUUCCCGGGGCUGGAUGAAGGAGACACACCAUCCUGUGGCCAGGCUUCACCUGCCCCCUUAUCUGCGCCCCCCAGCCCCGCCCUGGAGAGGCUUCUGUCCCCAGUGUCUGAAGUGGAUGAGCUUUCACUGCUGCAGAAGCUCCUCCUGGCCACAUCCUCCCCAACAGCAAGCUCUGACGCUCUGAAGGAGGGGGCCACCUGGUCCCAGGCCAGCCUCAGGUCCAGAAGUCAGCGGCCUUGUGUCAAGGUGGAUGGCACCCAGGAUAAGAAGACCCCCAUGCUGCGGUCCCAGAGUCGCCCUUGUACGGAACUGCAUAAGCACCUCACCUCGGUGCUGCCAUGCCCCAAAAUGAAAGCCUGCUCCCCAACCCCACGCCCAAGUCCUCAGCUCCUCUCCAAGAAGGAUGAGGAGGUGGGGGAGGAUUGCCCAAGCCCCUGGCCAGCAGCUCCAGCCUCUCCCCAAGACUCCCUAGCACAGGACAGGGCCAGCCCCAGCUGUGCCCAGGCUCCCCAGGAGGAUGUGAGGUCCAUGGUACAGCUCAUUCGCUACAUGCACACCUACUGCCUGCCCCAGAGGAAGUUUCCCCAGCAGGCCACAGAGCUGGUCCCCCAGCCCUGCAGCAGCCCCUCCAGGCAGGCCCCACCCCCGUCCCGGCAUCCCCCCAAAGCCUUCUGGACUGAGUUCUCCAUCCUGAGGGAACUUCUGGCUCAAGAUGUCCUCUGUGAUGUCAGCAAGCCCUACCGCCUAGCCACACCUGUCUAUGCUUCCCUCACACCCAAAUCCAGGCCCAGGCCCCCCAAAGACAGUCAGACCUCCCCUACCCACUCUGCCAUGGCCGAAGAAGUGAGAAUCUCCGCUUCCCCCAAGAGCACUGGGCCUAGACCCAGCCUGCGCCCUCUGAGGCUGGAGGUGAAGAGAGAUGUUAGCCAGCCUUCCAGGCAAAAGCAGGAGGAGGACGAGGAGGAGGACGAGGAGGAAGAGGAGGAAGAGGAAAAAGAGGAGGAGGAAGAGGAGUGGGGCAGGAAGAGACCAGGCCGUGGCCUGCCAUGGACCAAACUAGGGAGGAAGUCGGACAGUUCUGUGUGCCCUGUGCGGCGUUCCAGGAGACUGAAUCCAGAGCUGGGCCCCUGGCUGACAUUCACUGACGAGCCCUUGGGUGCUCCGCCCUCGAUGUGCCUGGCUACAGAGACCCACAGCCUGGAGGAGGAGCUGGGCAGCCUCACAGACAAGAGUGAAGACCAGCAGCUCCCCCAGCGGCCCCAGAUCCCAGCCUUGGAAAGCCCCUGUGAGAGUGGGUGUGGGGACACAGAUGAGGACCCAAGCUGCCCACGGCCCCCUUCCAGAGACUCCCCCAGGUGCCUCACGUUGGCUUUGUCACAAAGCGACCCUCUUGGCAAGAAGAGUUUUGAGGAGGCCUUGGCGGUGGAGCUGUGUGGCACGGCAGGACUCACUCCACCCACCACACCUCCAUAUAAACCCAUGGAGGAGGACUCCUUCAAGCCGGACACCAAGCACAGCCCAGGCCAAGACACGGCUCCCAGUCUCCCCUCCCCCGAGGCUCUUCAGUGCCCAGCCACCCCAGGGGCCUCCCACAAGCUGCCCAAGAGGCACCCGGAGCGAAGCGAGCUCCUGUCCCACCUGCAGCACGCCACAGCCCCGCCAGUCUCCCAGGCGGGACAGAAGCGCCCCUUCUCCUGCUCCUUUGGAGACCAUGACUACUGCCAGGUGCUCAGGCCAGAGACUGCCCUGCAGAGGAAGGUGCUGCGCUCCUGGGAGCCAGCUGGGGUCCAUCUUGAGGACUGGCCCCCGCAGGGUGCCUCCCUGCCAACUGAGACAAAGGCCCCUAGGAGGGAGGCAGAGCAGAGCUGUGACUCUACCCUCCAGGACAGCACGCAGCUGAGAGACCAUGAGAUCCGUGCCAGCCUCACAAAGCACUUUGGACUGCUAGAGACCGCUCUGGAGGAUGAAGACCUGGCAUCCUGUAAAAGCCCGGAGUACGACACCGUGUUUGAGGACAGCAGCAGCAGCAGUGGCGAGAGCAGCUUCCUGCUGGAGGAGGAAGAAGACGAGGGAGGGGAGGAUGAUGAUGAAGGAGAGGACUCCUCAGGGGUCAGCCCUCCCUGCUCGGACCACUGCCCCUACCAGAGCCCGCCCAGUAAGGCCAGCCGGCAGCUCUGUUCCCGCAGCCGCUCCAGCUCUGGCUCCUCAUCCUGCAGCUCCUGGUCACCAGCCACCCGGAAGAACUUCAGACGUGAGAGCAGAGGGCCCUGUUCAGAUGGAACCCCACGUGCCCGGCAUGCCAGGAAGCGGCGGGAAAAGGCCAUCGGCGAAGGCCGUGUGGUAUACAUCCGAAAUCUCUCCAGUGACAUGAGCUCUCGGGAACUGAAGAAGCGCUUCGAGGUGUUUGGGGAGAUAGUAGAGUGCCAGGUGCUGACAAGAAGUAAGAGAGGCGAGAAGCAUGGCUUCAUCACCUUCCGGUGUUCGGAGCACGCUGCCCUGUCCCUGAGGAACGGCGCAACCCUGAGGAGGCGCAAUGAGCCCUCCUUCCACCUGAGCUAUGGAGGGCUCCGGCACUUCCGCUGGCCCAGAUACGCUGACUAUGAUCCCACAUCUGAAGAAGUCCUUCCCUCAUCUGGGAAAAGCAAGUAUGAAGCCAUGGAUUUUGACAGCUUACUGAAAGAGGCCCAGCAGAGCCUGCAUUGACAUCAGCCUUAACCUUCGAGGAAUACCUCAAUACCUCAGACAAGGCCCUUCCAAUAUGUUUACGUUUUCACAGAAAUAAGUAUAUGAGAAGGAGAGCGAGCCAAUGAGCGAGCGUGAGAGAACACACGUGAGAGAGAGAGACUUGAAUCUGCUGUCGUUUCCUUUAAAAAAAAAAUCAAUGUUUACAUUGAACAAAGCUGCUUCUGUCCGUGAGUUUCCAUGGCGUUGAUGUUCCACUGCCACACGAGUGUCCUCGCUUCCAGCGGAUCGUCCUGGGUGCGCUUCCAGCGGAUCGUCCUGGGUGCGCCUCAAUGUGCUGUCAGUCAUCUGUCCCUCCCGCCCGACUGACUUCCUUCUGUAGACUUGAGCUAUGUUCCCCAUAACAUCUUCUGUCUGUAGUGUGUGAUAUGAAAUUGUUACUUGUGAAUAGAAUCAGGAUUAGAAACUCAUUUUUAAUUGAAGAAAAAAAAAGUAUAUCCUUAAGAUAAACGUAUUUAUGGCUCAGAUAUACUGUGCCUGGGGUUAUUGUAUUGCUUCCUUGAUUGUUUAACUAUGCACUGUCAUGAGGUGUUUGCUACUGAGCUGCGCUGCUCCCCUGGCCGUGUAUUCCUGGAGGUGUUGGGUGGCCACUGGGUCCCCAGGAAAGAUUGGGUUGCAGUCCCGGGUAGGAAGAGUGGAGAGAGGUGUCCAGGUGUCCUCCACCAAGCCCCAGUGUCUUUUAUUUUAUUUUAAGUGAGUUCCACUCAAGCUGUAAUGAGAAUUCCUUCCCCCUAUCCGACUCACACUUGGAGAGUGCCUGUCUUUAUUGCUCAGAGCCAUGAGUGCCUGUAGGGAAAGAGGACAGUGCUCUGUGAGGUGGAGUGUCUUGCCCAAGGUUCCAUGGCCAGGCAGUGUACAGAGCAGUAAUCCACACCAUGCCUCCUGACUCCAGGCCCCAGCCUGCUGUAGUAGUUAGCAUAAAAAUGCAAAAGUCAGAGGCUGGGGUUAGCUGAGUUGAACAAUAGGCUAGAAGCUUAGUAGUAGCUUAUUGGAGAAAUAGGUCAACAGUUCACUCACCAGCAUUAAGGCAAAUUCAAGCUUCAUUCAGCACUGGCUCAGGUGUCCCUCUGCUUUGAUCCUCCAUGUCCCGUGACUUAUCCUGCCUGUGGAUACUCCUCAAGGCUUUGAGACACCUGCAAGUGGUACACAGACUUCACCAAGGAGCCGUCAUUUUGGGCAGGGAGGGCAAUUGAUAGCCCGUACUAUAGCCUACUGCUGUCCUUACUGUCCCUCCUCUGUAAAGGUGCAGGAUGAGGGGUGUACAGGUUGGAGGUGGACAAGGCACUCCCAAGGAGCAUUCACAGUGGAGUCCCCUUCAAACUGUUCUUGACCACUGUCAAAGCCAUAUCCAGUAUGGGUUCCUGGGGGUCUUUCAUGAGGGAGAACCAGCUAGGCAGAACAUCCACUCUAAUGCUUCAUAUAGAUCAGUCCUCCUUGGUCUUGUGACAUUUUCUUUCUUAUUCCCCUGCCCCUCAAUGUUCUGCCAAAUAAGAAAGUUUGAAAGUAAAUGAUUCAUUAAAUUAACCAAGCUAAAUUAAUCUGCUAUUAAUCCCAGGCUUAUUCUUUUGAGAAUUGGUGUUUUGUUGUUGUUGUUGUUUUAAGAUUUCAAAAUACCUUAGUAAAGAAAGUGAGCCCCAUGAUCUUAUGCUUGGUGUUGGGAAUACUCUCCACCCGUAGAUAAAACUGGAGGAGACUGUCUUUAGCAGAAAUAGGGAAACAGACUAUCUGUGUGUUAAAUCUGUUGACCUCCCUAAACCCAGAUUCCUUUUCUGUGAAAUAGACUGAAGGGCACAAUUAGACAGUAGAUGUCUUAGCUUCUGCUCAGGCAGAAUCUAGUCAGUUAUGACUCCCACAUCCUUGGUCAAUGCAGACAUACUUAAUUAUCAUAGCACUAAUUUUUUUGUGUGUGGGGAAGCCUGGUUGUGCUAUUAGAAUCUUUAACACAGUGCUCUGGGCAGGCAUUACUAAUUGGUUGUUUAAUUUAUUUGAUGCCCUGAUCUAGUGGUAGUCUUUGGAAGACUACCUUUGUAGAGCCAUAUGCUGGCUGGUUUUUAUGCUUACCACAUCUCUGUCAUGACCUCGUCCCUGGGGGCAGGGUACCCUUGAAGCCAUUACUUGGCAAAAGACUUCCCAAUACUGUUAACAACAUAGUAUAGAGAGGGGAGGGAGAAUAGCAAACAGGAAUAUAACUGGAGAAGGUGUGGCUUCUAAGGAUAGAUCCAAAAAGAGACUCUUCAAAGCACAGACCCAGUCGUUCUGAACUCCUUUAUAGUUAUCCAUUGCCUAGCGCAUAGUAGACACAUGGAAAACGGGGUAUAGAACGGAGCCAAAUUAAAGCUCUUCACUUACCUCCACUAAAACUUGGGCUCUAAUCAUGGCAGAAAGCGAGUGUUUACUGAAAUUACCUGAUGGAAAAGAGAAUAGAUUUAAUCUGGAGAGCCAUUUGAAUUCUGACCCCACCAAGAUCUUCUUCCUGGGCCUCGGAGUGUAGGCGUUGUCCGGAAAACCCUAAGCUCUUCCUAUUCACACCCAGUUACACUGAGCCAGAUGAUGGUUGCUGGGGUAAAAGAACAAAUUCUUAGCAAACAGUAAGUCUCUCUCCCCAGCUAGGGUUAACUGGAGCUGCUCAGUCACUUCACUCGAAGUCACUUAGAUGUUGGCUCUUGAGCAAAGCAGAGCUUUGAGCCUGGAGUUGGUGCCUGAUGUCCCAUCGGUCACGCUGAGAGCUGACGCCUAUCAAGGGUUUCUGGUAUCCUCCACUAACCCUCUCAUAAAAACAGGCUACCAGGUCUGCAAAUGACCAGUCCUGUAGAUGACCUCUCUCGGAAGAUUCACUCGGUGCUGCAUAUAACUUAACCAAGGAGACUGUCAGGCCCCUCCAAGACCAUUUGGUCCUUUUCCCAUUGAAUCAAUGAGUAACCCAGAGGGAGCAGCUGCUAUUGGCAACCAUCUCAUUGUAACUGUCCUAAUGUGUCUCAAUGAUGUUUACGUGUGAUUGCCAUACAGCUUCCUAGACUGUUGGCAGCCGCCCAGGGAGGGCAGGCUCCGUGUCAUCUCUGUGCUGUGCCGGUAUUUUUCUAGAAAUGUCCAAUCCAACCACUAAGUGGAAUUCUUCCAUCUCCUUCCUCAGUCAGUACAAGGCUGAGUCAGAGUCCUCUCUCUCGGUGUGUGUGUGGGGGACUCUGGUUACCGAAGGAAAAUGCAUCAUAGGUAAAGAAUAUGAGUGGAUGGAGUACAGCUAGGGUCCCUACUCCCCAUCCCCCUGGCAUACAUUGUGGCCCCCACUAGACAAAUGCUCGGAGUCAGGAAGCCGUCCUACGCCUGUGUCCAUCCGUUGACCUUGUAUCAUGCGGUGAACAGCAAGACUCCAGGGAUGGGAGGAGUACUCCGAGCCAGCCACGAAGACUUGGCCCUCAAGUCCUAACGUGGGAAGACAUGCAGUUAGAUGUCCUUUGUGACCUCAAGCCUUACAGGUCAGUGUUUUGGGUGAAGGUGUGAUAUGCCUGCCACGGCCACUAUGCAGGUAGUAAAUGGAGAGAAAGUACAGGUGGCUCUUUUUGCAUGGCCAGCUGUAUUCAGGGUCUGUCCCAGCCUCUGAGGUCUGCUCACCUCUCAGCUGACCCUGCUGCUGCAAAUGCUGAGCACCUCUCUCUGAACCAGAGUCUCCCUUACAGGGUGUGUGACGUGACUCACUGGGGUCAAAAGGGUUGUUCUUGACAUUCGGUUUUCAGCGGUUGAGAUCAGCUUGAGAAAGCCAUAUUCCAGUGUCACGUGUGACGUUGGAAAGGGAUUGCGUGUGUAAUAGUAAAUAGUGUGAGCCUGCUGGUUUCAUUAGCCAAAGAAAAGGGAUCCCUUCACCCUUCCCACUGGGGCAGAAGGAAACUAACCACUAUUUAUGUGCAAUAUGUUGAUGCAACUCUCCAAAUCCCUGAGGGUUUUGCAUACAGGAGAUGAGCUCCAGGGCUGUUUGAAGAGUCUGGGGAUACAGGGUAAGUGCAGGGAGAGCCUGGGAUAAAAACUUUCAUGUACAGAGAUGGCCUUGGCCUAGAACAGAUGGGAGUGUGGGCAGGGUGCCCCUGACAUUAGCUGCAGAACACCGGGUCACCCGGGAAGUAGCUAAUCAGACACUUUGCACUCAUCGACAAAAGCACUUUGAGAAACCUAACACUUGAGCCUUGCUCCACAUUCUCCUCCGGCAAAUAUGUGUAUCCUUUACCUAUGUGAGGUGCUGUCCUAAAGGCUGGGUGAGAGGGUAGGGAAGGGGGCUAGUGUGGGGAAGAAAACAGGCGUCUUCCAAGGCGGAAGUCAUGAGAGCCUGCAGCCAGCCAGUCCUUGGCUGUCCUCUUCACUAGAAGCCCAAGAAACAGGAGGAUAGGGGUUUACAUCUUGGGACCCACUUUUGUAAAGACUAAAAAGCAGCCCAGCCAAUUGCAACGCUUUGUGGCGCAAUCAUUUCACUUGCUGUCUGACCUUCCACCCUGUUCCUUGAGCUCUUGAGCUAGCAAAUGAAGCUAUCCAAUGAUAAUAGCAUUCUCAUCCGGGAGCCAAGGGCAACCCAGAGUUCCACUCUCUGGCUAGCUCAGGGUUGGCGGGUGGGGAGGGGGGCACUUUCUAUAAGGUCAUCAGCCUCCAUCAGGAUGAGAUCCACAUAGUCCUGGCUGAGGUGCCUUACAUGAAGAGGCUAGCUUGCCAGGACAGACCCAAGCCAUAGUUUCUUGUGGGGAUGGCAAGGAAUUAACCCCUCACUGGGCUCGUUGAUAACUUCCGGUCUUGCAUUGGCCUUGUCAUCAUCCCCACCGAACAGCUUUUAAUCUGAAUGUUGUGACCACUUGGCCGUCUCUUGCUUGCUUGCAGAUAAUACUAGCAAUACACUUGUUUUCCCCAAACAGCUCAACUUAGACAGUUUUCACACAUUGCUUUCAAAUGAUUGUAAAACACAUGGGAUAACAGGAGGCAUGGAUCACACUGCAUAUGUUUAGGGCAGCUUUUGUUUUUUAAUCUUUAACGGUAUAGCAGCAGUGACCAAGCCUUUGGAAUUUGGGGAGACAGAUUUUCAUGAAGCCAUUUAAUCAGAAUGCCUUGCAUAUCGGAAGGAGUACAGACAUCCAAAUACCCACACUGAGGGGCUUGCAGCGUAUGAUUUGGUAGAUCUCCACUGUAAACAGCUCCUCUGAAAGGUAUUCAUGUGGCUCCAACCCCUUUGUGCCAUAUUAUUUUUUUGUCAAAGGAUUCUCCAAGGAAGCCUUAGCAAGCCUCCUUGCUCCCUUUGGCUGGCCUUGGGUAGUGUCCUUGUGGUGGUGAUUAGCCAGCACUUUGCCUUAUCAAUGUGUGGUCACCAGUCAAUGACUGGUGUCAACUGGCCACCAAGACGGAAGGCAAAACUAAGUUCCUUUGGUCAGUCACCAUGCCGGCCAACAUUAACUUGGCAGUGAAAUACAAUGACACAAGUGAGUUGUCUUAUGUGUUCAGUACCAAUUUGGAACAUCAGCAACUACCUAGAUGCCGAUGCAGUCUGGGAAAUACACUAGUUAUCCUGUGGUAGAAGAGAUAGGGUUGAACCCUGAAUCCAGGUGUCCAGAGGGGUUUACUAUAACUGCAAUACUGGCAGCCAAGCUGCCAACCUUGUUAAGUGAACCUCUGCUAGGUGACUUACAUGGUACCUUUGGGACAAGUAAAGUUGGCUAUGAGGAUUGGGGGAGAAGGGGCCCUGGCCAUGACCACUGAAUAGCCAAACAGGUUUUGUUUUGUUUUCUUAAUUUUUUUUGUGUUUUGUAUUUUGUAUUUUAAAAUCUUGUCAGAUGUUUUUAUGUUAGGAAUAAUAAGUCAUAAACUGUUCCCACCUUGGUUUCUGAAGGGGUGUUCUGAUUCCAGUUGAAACAGGUUGGAGAUCUCAAGGGAAGCAUGGUCUGGAGAGUACAUGGGACAGGGCAGUGGAACGCACCUGGGUUUCUAGGUGGUUGCUGAGGAAGCUGACCAUCUGGAAGUCCACAGUGCAGUCCAUUGCAGAGAUUCACGCCGGCCUUCUUGUCUCCUGAGUCCCGUGAGCACUGGCCUGAGCAUGUGCUUCAAUGAGAAGCAGCUGCUGAGGUUAGAAGCAAGGCUGUCUGGCUCCCCAAGCCCUUCGUUCCAGGAGAUGCUGUCAGUAGCUAGCCUUAAUUGACUGGGCAAGGUGGUUCCUGUGCUCCCUUCCAGCAGUUCCAAAUCUUGGACUCAAAAACUCGUUUCUCUUAGCGUGACCAUGCAACCUAGAGAAUUUUGAGCAAUAGGGAGCCAGGGAAAGCCCUGGCUCUGUGACAGGGUCAAACCAGGGAAUGGCUAAACUUGAGAAGUUUUGUCAUACCCAGGAUACAAUUGUAAGGGGGCAUUGUGUAUUAGGGAGCUCAACAAGAUAACUGUAGCCUGGGGUAUGUGAAUGUAAGGUUGUGUUUGUGGGUGUGUGUGCACGCACGGAAAGAAAACAUUAGAAUAAACUUGUGCGUGCGUGCGUGUGUGCGUGUGUGUGUGUGUGUGUGUGUUACAUUGAUGCAUUUCUUGAGAAAGGUGCAAGAAUUUCACCUAUACAGAGGGACACAUCUGCUUUAUUAUUUAUAAUAGAAGCUAAAUUUUAAUUUUUUAAAGGACACCGCUAAUGAUUGAAAAUCGAGUUUUUAGUUUUGCUAUUUUUUUUAAUUGGUAGAAGAUUUUUAUAUAUUUUUCCCAUUUCGUUGGGUUGUGUCCUUAUUUAUAUAAAUACUUUAUCCGUGAGUGGCGAGGAAGAAGACUUCUUUGCUCUUAAUUAUUGUGGUUGUCAUUGUCCCUAUUUUAUUUCCAGUGUGAUUUAUCUGUCUUACCUUCUAAAUGAGAAACUGUUUUCCUGUAUUUGUACAUUGUCAGAUUCUAUAGUUUCGUAGAUAAUUUAACCAAAUUGCUCUAUGUAUUAUUAUUCUGUGAGUAUAAAGUUCUAUUUUAACGUCUGUAAAUACUUCAGAACUGGUUUCUUUUCUCGGCUCCUGCUGGGAGCUAUUGUUUACAUCACAAAAAAAAACUGUAGAAUCUCUAUGCUCAUGUACUGUAAAUAGUGAAGUGAUCUGCUUAUAAAUAAACUGAACAAAUACACUAUGGAAAUUAAAAAAAAUGCCACCCA